UGAAACUUUGCAAAGAAAUUUCCCAUUUCUCUCUUUCUCUCUAUAAGUGAACACAGCUUUGCCAUAUUCCCAUUUCUUAUCCUCACACUUUCUUAAACACUUAAGAUCCUCUCUCAUGGCUUCUUCUUCUUUUUCCCCACCUCGCAACUGGAGAUACAAUGUCUUCACUAGCUUCCACGGACCAGACGUCCGUAAGACACUUCUCAGUCAUUUAAGCCAACGAUUUAACCACUAUGGCAUUACAAUGUUCGAUGACAAUGGAAUGGAGAGAGGCCACACCAUCGCCUCAUCUCUCAAGAAAGCCAUUGGAGAAUCAAGGAUCGCGAUCGUAUUGCUCACGAAGAACUAUGCAUCUUCCAGUUGGUGUCUGGAUGAGCUCUUGGACAUUUUGGAUUGCCAAAAAACAAUUGGGCAAUUUGUGAUGACUGUCUUCUACGGAGUACAUCCUUCUGAUGUCCGCAAACAAAACGGAGAAUUUGGGAGAGUAUUCGAUGAAACUUGUGCUCGUAAAUCAGAGGAGCAAAAAGAAAAAUGGAGCAAAGCUUUGAACUAUGUGGGAAACAUAGCUGGAGAACACUUCCAAAACUGGGAAAAUGAAGCAGAAAAGAUAGAGAAGAUUGCAAGAGAUGUUUCACAUAAACUGAAUGUCACACCGUGUAAGGAUUUUGAUGGCAUGGUUGGACUAGACAAUCAUGUGAGCAAAAUGGAGUCUUUGCUUGAUUUAGAUAAUCUUGGAGUUAAGAUUGUUGGAAUCUCUGGUCCUGCAGGCAUUGGUAAGAGUACUAUUGCUAGAGCUUUACAUAGUCGACUCUCUUACAGGUUUCAGCGUUCUUGUUUUAUGGAAAACGUUAGGGGAAGCUAUAAAAGUGGACUUGACAAGUAUGGGUUGCAGCUUUAUUUGCAAGAGCAACUUCUCUCUAGGAUUUUGAACCUAAAGGAUAUUAGGAUAUUCAAUUUAGGUGUAAUAAAAGAAAGGCUGCAAUAUCAAAAGGUUCUUAUCAUUCUUGAUGAUGUGGACAGUUUAGAUCAACUAGAGGCUUUGGUUGAUAUUAAGUGGUUUGGUCCUGGAAGUAGGAUCAUUAUAGCAACUGAAAACAAAGAGAUUUUGCAGCAACAUGGUAUAACUGAUAUAUACCAAGUGGGUUUUCCAUCAGAUGAAGAAGCUCUAAAGAUUUUUUGUCUUUCUGCUUUUCCACAAGCCUCUCCACCUGAUGUGUUUAUGGAUCUUGCGUAUGAAGUUGUAAGAAGUUGUUGCAACCUUCCAUUGGCUCUGUGUAUUUUGGGGUCGUCAUUGCGGGGAAGCCAUGAUGUUGCUGACUGGAUUGAAAAAGUGGAAAGGUUUAAAAGUUCUCUCGAUGGAAGAAUUGAGAGUGCAUUGAAAGUGGGCUACGAAAGUUUACAUGAGGAAGACCGACUUCUUUUUCGCUUCAUUGCAGUAUUCUUCAAUUAUAAACCUGUUGAUGAUGUGGCAUCCAUUUUCUACGAUACUGAAGUAUUGAAUGUUAGACUUGGGUUGAAAAACCUAGCUAAUAGAUGUCUGAUACAUAUGGAUCAUGGUACAGUGGUAAUGCACAAUUUGUUACAGUUAAUGGGUAAAAAAGUUAAUAUCAAUGAAGAACCUUCCAAACGGAAGAUUCUAGAAGAUCCCGAUGAUGUUUGUGAUGUUCUAAAAGAGGCAAACGGUACUGGAUCAGUGUUAGGUGUAUCACUGGACAUAGCAAAGAUCAACAAAUUAAAUAUAAGCGAGAAGGCUUUUAUAAGAAUGUACAAGCUUCAUAUCCUAAAAGUCAUAGGUUGGAAAUGUGACGGAGGCAGACAGUUGUCCAUACCAGAGAAUAUGGAGUUUCCAUGUAGCUUAAGGUUACUAGAUUGGGAGGCAUAUCCGAGAAAAUCUUUUCAGUUUUACCCAGAAAAUCUCGUCAUACUGAAUAUGGAAAAUAGCAAGCUCCAGAGGCUAUGGGAAGAAACUCAGGAACUACCAAAUCUCAAAGAGAUGAAUUUGAGUUGGUCAUCUUGUUUGAUGGAACUCCCAGACCUUUCAAAAGCUAAGAAUCUGGAGACAUUAAAUGUGAAUGGGUGCAAAGCUUUGGUAGAGAUUCCGUCCUCAGUUGUGAAUCUUCCUAAGCUAAGGUACUUAUGGAUGAAUAAUUGCGAAAGUCUACAGGUCAUUCCAACUCUCAUCAAUUUGGCAUCUGUAGAACUUUUUUAUAUUUUUAAAUGCCCACAACUGAGAAUUCUUCCAGAAAUGCCAACCAACAUCAAGAAUCUCUGGAUAGAGACGACAGGGGUAGAAGAGUUGCCUAUAUCAUUUAGACAUUGCUCUCAUCUUGAUAAAUUUGACAUAUCAGAGAAUGAAAAUCUCAAGAACUUCUCAACACAUCUCCCCACGAGUGUAACACAGCUAGUCCUCAGGGAUACUCAGAUUGAGAGGAUUGCAGACUGCAUCAAAGGUCUCCAUAACUUAAAAAUUCUUAAUAUAUCAGACUGCAAAAGACUUGAGUCUUUGCCAGAGCUCCCUCAUUCGCUCAUUGCGCUAUUUGCAAAUAAUUGUGAAUCACUGAAGAGAGUAAGCGGCCCUUUAAACACUCCAGAAGCAAAUCUCUAUUUUAGUAACUGCUUCGGAUUGAGUCGACAAGCAAAACGAGCGAUUAUCCAAAGAUCGUGUUUCAAGGGGUUGACUUUGUUACCCGGAAUAGAAGUACCUGAAGAGUUUGAUUACAGAGGCAGAGGAACUAAGGUAACAAUUCCUCGAUCUGAUUUCAACAGAUAUAAGGAUUCCAUUGGUAAUCAAGUUAGAGGAGAUUCCUCAACAAUUGCUCCUUCCGAUUUCAGCAUAGUCAAAGUUUGCCUUGUGGUGGCGAAAAGAACCUGGUACCGUGAAGAGUUUAUUUGCAAAUUCAUCGGCAACUCAGUAAAGUAUAUGUGGUUAGAUGCGGAUCUAGUCCGAGAAAAUGAGUACCUAUAUUUUGAGAGGAAACAUCUACUCAUAUUUUUUAUGAGCUUGCCAUUAAUGGAUCCCUCUGAAGUGAGCAGAGAGAUAGUGCUUGAGUUCAAGUGUACAUCACCAGAUACAUACGAUGAUCCGUUUAUGGACUGUGGUGUCAAGAUCUUGACGGACGAACUAGAGGGAAUCAGAUGUUGGGGAUCUGGAGAAGAAGACUGGCGAACACGUUUAUACUACAGACGAGGAAGCAGAAACACCUGACAAAGAAGACAAUCGGAAUCUGAAUUGCUUGACAUUAGAAGAUCAUGAAUACGAAUCUGUAUCAGUGAAUCAGGAAGACUUUCUUGGUACUGUGACGAAGUCCUCUACUUGAAUCUUUCUCUCAAGCCGGCUUGUUGUCCUUUCCCAGAUUCUACGGCGGCGUUUCUACUGCUCAUGAAGAAGACCUAUGCUUGAAUCUUUCUCUCAAGACGGCUUGUCGUCCUUUCCUAGAUCAGCACAAUCACUGUGAUCGCCCUGAAGGGUCGAGGAAAAGGAAAUAUACAGGUGAAGAAGUAAUUGAUAAAAGAGAUGAGAGCAUUGAAAUAUGUGAAUCUCAAUCACUUAUAGCUGGUACGAGCAUUAGUCAGUUUCUUAGAGAUGUUGGAGAAGAUGAUAGAGCAGCUAAGCAUAUGCGGAUAGGACCAAGUAAACAUCAAAGUGGUAUCUAGGUUAACAAGGUUUCACUGAAGAAGUUCUUUUUUACUUUAUGGCUGCUACGAUUAUGGCGCAAAAGCUAACUCUAGCACGAAGAUGACAGUUAAAGUCACAUGUAAAGCUUAUAAGCAUAUUUGUUUCAAUGAUAUUGAUGAAUUUUUGGUUUUGAAGAGCAUUCGGAAUUUGAACUGAUUUAUUGAAUGAUUCUAAAUUUC